AUUGGCUUGAGGGCUGCCUGAAGGACAGCAGGAAAGGCCAAUGGGAGGCCGCGCUUCCCGGGCGGCUUCGCUAUAAGAGCCUGUCAGGAUUACAUUUGGGCUUAACUCUUUAAAGGUGGGUUCGGGCCCCGUGAGAAAGUCGUUAGUAGUAAAUGUGCCACGUCUUCUAACCAGGGGAACUCCUGAACUUGCCUCAGGCCGUUAUCCCUAAGCCUUGAACUAAGCUCUUAAAUUUAUGACGUUGAGGGCCCUUUCGCUGCUUUUGUAGGGACUUCUUUCCUGCUUCGGCAACAUGAGGCUUUUCUUGUGGAACGCGGUCUUGACGCUGUUCGUCACUUCUUUGAUUGGGGCUCUGAUCCCCGAACCAGAAGUGAAAAUUGAAGUUCUCCAGAAACCAUUCAUCUGCCACCGCAAGACCAAAGGAGGGGAUUUGAUGUUGGUGCAUUAUGAAGGCUACUUGGAAAAGGACGGCUCCUUGUUCCACUCCACUCAUAAACAUAACAAUGGUCAGCCCAUUUGGUUUACCCUGGGCAUCCUGGAGGCUCUCAAAGGUUGGGACCAGGGCUUAAAAGGAAUGUGUGUAGGAGAGAAGAGAAAGCUCAUCAUUCCUCCGGCCCUGGGAUAUGGAAAAGAAGGAAAAGGUAAAAUUCCCCCAGAAAGUACACUGAUAUUUAAUAUUGAUCUCCUGGAGAUUCGAAAUGGACCAAGAUCCCAUGAAUCAUUCCAAGAAAUGGAUCUUAACGAUGACUGGAAACUUUCUAAAGAUGAGGUUAAAGCAUAUUUAAAGAAGGAGUUUGAAAAACAUGGUGCGGUGGUGAAUGAAAGUCAUCAUGAUGUUUUGGUGGAAGAUAUUUUUGAUAAAGAAGAUGAAGACAAAGAUGGUUUUAUAUCUGCCAGAGAAUUUACAUAUAAACAUGAUGAGUUAUAGAGAUACAUCUACCCAUUUAAUAUAGCAUUAAUCUUUAAAGAGAGGGCAGUCAUCUUUAAAGAACGUUUUAUUUUUUAACAAUGUUCUUUCUUGCUUUGCUUUUUCAUUUUUAUCUAUUUUUUCUGACCCCUAUGUAAAGAAUCCCUUAGGGUUUCUAACUAUCCAUUUCUUUCUGGUAAGUUAUUGGGAAGAAAAAUCUAAUUUGUCUUUGAAUAGAAGACAUCUGCAUUAUUUUUCACUUUCACAGAUAGGAAGCUUUGUUUUACUUCUUACUUGUAAAUUUAAAAUAUUGCAACUGGGAGUAUACCAGGACAUGAGACAAGGUUAUAGCACAAAUUAGCACUCUAUAUUUCUGCUUUCCUCUAUUUUCUCCAAGUUAGAGGUCAACAUUUGAAAAGCCUUUUGCAAUAGCCCAAGGCUUGCUAUUUUCAUGUUAUAAUGAAAUAAUUUGUCUGUAACAACUGGCUCUGAGUCUCUCCUUGAGGACCAGAGGAAAAUGGUUGUUGGACUUGACUUGUUAAUGGCUAGUAAGCCUUUUUUACUAAGGAGAUGUGCAAUGCCAAAGUUAGAAACAAGGUUAAUAACUUAUAUAAAUACGUAUGCAUUGAAACAUUCCACCUAGGACUUAAGCAGGUGAAGUUUGGCUCCUAGUGACUGGUGGCCUAUUAUGAUACAUAGGACAAAUCAUUUAUGUGUGACUUUCUUUGUGAUAAAAUGCAUCAAUACGUUAUAAAUGAGGUAGAAAGUUACAUUUAUAUUCAAUGUUUACUUCUUAAGGCUAGCAGAUUAUCCUUCCUGGUUCUUUAAUGGGUAGUCUAUAGUAUGUUAUACUACAGUAACAUUGUAUCACAAGAUAAAUUAGUAAACUAGUCUAUAUUUUCCCAUUUUAGUCUCAUCAAAAACUCAAGUGGGCUGGGCGUGGCAGAUCAUGCCUGUAAUCCCAGCACUUUGGAAGGCCAAGGAGGGUGGAUCACUUGAGGUCAGGAAUUUGAGACCCACCUGGCCAACUCUGUGAAACCCCAUCUCUACUAAAAAUAUAAAAAUUAGCCAGGCAUGGUGGUGCACACCUGCAGUCUCAGCUACUACUUAAGAGGCUAAGAAGACAGCACCCACAAGGCAGAGGUUGCAGUGAGCUCAGAUCAUGCCACUGCACUCCAGUAAGGGUGUCAGAGGAAGACUCCAUCU